AUGGCGCCAGCAAGGAGGAAAGCCCUGGGCUUCCUGAGCUUCCUGCUCUUCGCGACCCCCAUCGUCGCCAAAUUCCAAAACAACUUUGACCUCUACCCGGCAACGGCCCAGCCCUGUUUAUACGCCGCCUCCGACGCCAGCCAAUGCGACGGCGACACCGUGGCCGCGAUGAACCAGUGCCUCUGCAGCGACGCCAAGGGCAAGUUCGUCACAAACGCCGCGACGUGCAUAGGCAAGGAAGCCAAAGACACGCUGCGCACCGUAUACCAGUCCAUGAGCACCGCAUGCUCCGACUCCAAGUCGCCCAUUGCCUUGACGGAAGAUCAGUUCCUCAACCUCGGCGCAACGGGCGCGACCGCCUCCCUAUCCGUGACCUUGUCGACGACGGCGACGUCCGCGACGCCGACCACCUUUAUGACCACCACGACGGGCGGCGCCACCAUCACCGUCACAAACACCCCGACUUCCACGCCGACGACCGAACCCGAGCAGUCGGGGCUCAGCACCACGGCCAAGAUCGGAAUCGGUAUCGGCGCCGGCGUCGGCGCCGUCGCGCUCAUCUGCCUCGCCGCCUACAUCUGGCGCAUCAAGAAGAGCCGCGACGCCCACGACGAGUCCCACCGGCCGAUGCUCGGCGGCGGAGUCGGCGCCGUCGGCGGCCGGGACCCACAGCACGGCCCCUAUAGCGAGUACAGCCCGUCCGCGAGCGUCGGUGGCGGCGGCGGCGGGUUCGGCGCCGCCUACAUCGGCGCCCAGGAGUACAAGAACGAGAACAAGCAGCCCGGGUGGAGGCCGGUGUCCGAGAUCACGCAGAGCGCGAGCCCCGGCGCGCAGACGUGGGCGACCAACUCGCCGCAGCCGCCGUACGCGCAGGCCCAGCAACAGCACGCUUGGGGACACCACCCACAGGCUGCGUACGCGCCUCCGCCGCCGCCGCAACAGCAGGGCGGGGUAUUUGAGCUCGCGUCUUUGCCCGUAUCCUCGCCCCCUCAGGCGUCACAACCUCCGUUGAAUGCCGUGGAGAUGCCGGCGACCGAAGUGCAGCCUCAACCGGCAAGGUAUCUAUACCCUUCGCAAAGAUAG